AUGACCUCUUUAAACCAUAACAAUAACUUGUGCCUUGUCACCCUUCACUUCCCCUCUUCCACCUCUUGCCACUGCCCUGACCAUGGCAUUGUGUACUCCGACCUGGACAGGCUGUGUGACGGGCUGAUGGGAUUUUUGAGUGGUGUUCUCAGUAACAUCCAAGGCCAUUUAGGGCAGCAUAAAGAUACUUUAAAUGAAGCAAUUGCAUCACUUAACAAAAAUAAACACGCCGGUAAAAAAGGUUUUAAUGCUGCGAUUGGAAGUGUGGUCGAAGGGGUGCGGGGGUAUAAUGCUAAUGUAAAGUCUUCUAAUGAAGCAGUGAUUGAGCCGCUUAAAAAACUUCUCGACUACACCAAGAAAAAUGGAGGUGAGUUGAUUGCUAGCAUUAAUAAGAUUCAGGUUGACAAACAUGAUCUGGAUCCACAACUGGCCGACGCCGCUAGGUCCUUCGGCGACCGGCUGAAGGAGGCCACAGAGAGGAGCAAGAGGUGCGCGGAAUUUCUGGACCCCAAGGCAAAUAACAACACUAAGAUGAAAAAAAACAUUUAUGACCUUAAUGAUAAGUUGCGUGACAAAGUGUUGCAUGUUCGUAAGCUUGUUGAGUACGAGAGCCAGCGGCUGGCCAGCGUGCACAAGCGGAAAGACGCUGAGUUGAAGGAGACGACGGAGAAGAUUAAGACAAGUUUCCGCAAUUUGAAGAGCUGCAUAAACAAGCAGGUGGGUGACGAUAUAGAUAAAUUAGUUAAUGAUUUGAAAUUGAGGGUGCAGAAAAUUUUGAAGAAGCUGAGGGAGAUAAGCACAGAUCUGGAAAAAUACGUUAAGCAGCUAGAAGCGUGUAUGAAGAAGGCGGAGAGCUAUGUGAAUGUGGCGCUGGAAAAGGUGAAUAAAGUAUUGGCGGAAUCGAAUGAGAAGGAUUCCAGCACGAAGACGUAUAGAAUGCAUAGCGUCGUGGAGCAGUUGAAAGCUGCAGUAUUAGUGCUCCACAGCGCAGGAGAUGAUGCUAAACGAAAAGUUCAAACGGAAGUCACGGCAGCGCUUAGAGCUGUCAUAACGAUGGACGGUGAGCUGAAAGCGGAUUUGUUUAAGGUGAAGAAGGCCAUUAAGGAAGCAGUCGAUAAGGUUGAUACAAAUAUUAAGGAGCUUGGGAAUAAUUUCCCUAAAGAUUCUAGUGCCGGCCGAGUAGCAGGCGGACGAAUCUCUCA